AUGUCAUACCAGGGUCCGCCAGGGUAUGGGAAUGGAUACCCUCCCGUAUAUGGCCAUCAUGGAAAUUAUAAUGACGGGCCGCCGCAGGGCGCGUAUCUUCCACACCCCGAACAACAAACGGCACCAUCACCUGGUGCAUACACUCAAGGACGGAUAAGCAUGCAACAACUCCAGGCAAUGCAGGCACAGAACGAAGCAGCAUAUUAUCAACAGAGUCAAUAUGGGCAAGCUCCUUAUGUCCAUAACCAGCAGCCCGCUUACUACCAGCCUCCACCUCCUCCACCUCAGCAGCCGCAGUCAUACGCUCAGUACAUAGACCCACGGCAACCACAAUAUGCUCCUGUCCAGAGCUACCCGACUCAAUAUGAUGGAUCUUAUGACGAACUUAGCCUUCCGGCACCCAUGCCACAGAUGCAGCAACAACCCCGACCACAAGACAACGCACAAAUUACCCAUAAUCCUAUGCCGCCGGUGGUGAAGAAGCACAAGCCGCCUGUUCUCCCACCUGUGGACCCGUAUUCACUAUUACCUGCGCUGGCGGAGGAGUAUUUUGCGGCUGCACAUGAUGUGGGACUUGAAACAGCUCAGCGCAUGGAUGCGAAUGCCGUGAUCAGCUACCAGAAGAUGAUUGCAACAGGGUUAGGCUGCCUUGAGGUAGCUCUAAACAGUGGAAGACUUGAGCCUAGGCUCGAGGCAAAGAUACGUUUACGGUACGCAGGCGUAUUGUUGGAGGAUACGGACAACGUGAUGGAGGCAGAAACCGCUCUGAGCAAAGGAAUCACGCUUUGCGAACAGAACCGCUAUUUUGACCUGAAGUAUAACAUGCAAGUACUACUGGCCAAACUCAUGUUCACCAAAAGCCCAAAGGCGGCGCUGAAAGCGUUGGAUGGCUAUAUCAAGGAUGUUGAAGCCUACCAACACCACUCCUGGAUUUACGUCUUCCGUUUCUUGAAAGCGACUCUUGCUCUGCAGUCCGGUCGCAGCUCAGACGCAAACUCGGCGUUGCAAACACUUCGUAGUAUAUCUAGUAUCGCCAAGGACCGCGGCGAUCACGCUAUUGUGACCAUUGCUUCCCUCGUGGACGCACUCGCCUCCCUCCAUAUGCCUUCUUCGGGGUCUAUUGAAAGCAUCGACCGGGCGCUUGCGACCGUGAAUAUGUACCAGUUAGAUCCUGAGUGCGCAAUACCGCCGUUACAAGCGCUUGGGCACAUUGUAGAUACUACUGCGAGCCUAACCAACUCUUCUUCAGACAAGACAAUGCCCAAACUGAAGGCCAUGCAGGAUAUGAUAAAUAAUGCAUUUACAGACUCAGAAGAAUGGAAUAGGUCUACCGAUGCGAUGAAAUUACCUAUAAAUAGAGGUCGUGGUGAUGCACAUAUCUCAAGUCAAGAUACGUCGGGUGUGUUGAAACUGGGCCAUGAUGGGAGAGAUAUGCUUCUCGUUACUUUAAUGGGCAAGUCGGACGUCUUCAUCUUGUGCCAUCUAUUGACGGGAAUCAUACGUCUCCACGUAUCAGCUGUGGAUGGCUCAGCACUUAAAUACCUUCGGCAAGGGUUGCAGAGGAGUCUCGACAUGAAAACGAUUAAGUACUCUGGGUCUUUACCGGGCGCUUUGGCAAAGAUUCGCUGGCGCGGGAUGAUAGCCUGCUACUUCUACAUCUACAUGGUGUUCUGCUCCAUCUCCACCACGGAUUGGACGACUGCCAAGGCGAACCUAGACGCGUUUGAGGUUGCCAUUAGCGAUAUGGGCGCUUCUGUGGAGCCAGUAAUUGUGCAGCUAUACAUUUACUUGUCGGCCAUGUAUUUUCAGGGCACCGGCGACCUCCAACGGGCAUUAGAGUUGUACAGGAGUGACGAAUUCACACUACCUAAGCUAGACGACAUCGCACGCUCGCCAGAAGAACAUGUUCGGCGAGAAUUGUCUGUCCUCGCGGCAAUGAACUCGCUGUGGAUAAUGCAGUGCGACCCGCAAGUUGAUCUCGAGCAGAACGCGGGUCUGCUUGCGAUGCUAGAGCCUUGGGGUGCAAAUAACGCCAACAAGGAGAUAGAAGCUGUUUAUAACCUCCUCCGGGCCUCCGUGGAGACCAGGCCGGCAACCACACAGACACAGUCAAAAGCAUACAUACGAGCCGCCAUGGAAGUGGCGAGGAACAUGAAGAACGUGCACCUCAUCUGCGUGGUGCUUAAUCUGAUGUGCGAGAAGUACUUUGGCGGGAUCGUUGGAGACCAGGCCGAGAAAAGUGCCGUAGCCGCGUCGACGCAGGCGAAGAAGAGUGGGAAUUUGCUGUGGAUGAGCACCGCGGAAGGCUUGCUAGCUCGCAGCUUUGAGAUCCAGGGCAAGACGCGCGAGGCGCAGACGUCCCUGGCUGAGGCGGUUCGGCUUGCUAAUUUGGCUGUGCAAUCGCCGCCUUGA